AGGAGCGGCGGAGUGCUGUGCAGCCACUAGAGGCUACUGUUGACUCGGCAGCAAGAAGGAGGCAAAGUCUAGCCAAACUAACAAACUGCUGCAGGUUUUUUUUGUUGUUGUUGGCGAAAACCAAAUAAUGGAUUAGAAGGCGCUGAGUUUGUUAUAUUUUAUCUGUAAUUGUAGUCAUUUAGUUGCUUCUUUAAUUAAACGAUAGCUUUAAUUGUUCAAAACGCGUCAACCAAAAUAUGUUUGACGUGCAGCCUCUGCCUCGAUGAAAUGUUUUUCUUUUGCACCAAAGGUCAGCCAAGACUGGCGGUAGAUAAAUUGCGCAUGCGCAGACGCCAGAUGCCAUAUUGGAGCGGUGGCGGCGGCAGCAGCUGAAAGACGUGCCCAGCGGGGGUCUCAAGACGGAAGUGUCCUGUGAGGCGAAGGACAAGUUGGCCAGCAUCCAAGGCUGUUAGUGGGAAGACAUAGGAAGAAGAGUAACCAAGAGGAAACACCUCCUGGGUCUCCGCAAGGGGUUGUGGGAUGCAGUGAGGCAGACAAAGUCAAAGGUUGCAUGCUCAUCAGCCCACCAGGAUGCAAACGCUGACCUUCAGCAAGGAGGAGGAAGUGAACACAGCGAGUCCAUGGAGGACGAGGAGGCGGAGGCGGAGGCAGAGUUUAACUGGCAGGAGUAUAUGGAGGAGACGGGGGCUACCGCCGCCCCCCACACCACCUUCAAGCAUGUGGAGGUGAGCCUGCAGAGCAGCUUCCAGCCGGGCAUGAAGCUGGAAGUGGCCAACAAGAGCAGACCAGACACGUACUGGGUGGCCACCAUCAUCACCACGUGCGGUCAGCUGCUGCUGCUGCGCUUCAGUGGCUGCGCCGACGACCGCAAGGCUGACUUCUGGUGCGAUGUCAUGACGGCCGAUCUGCACCCGGUGGGCUGGUGUGCUCAAAACGACAAGACCCUCAUGCCGCCAGAAGAUAAACUGAGAAAUGCCAUCAAAGAGAAAUACAGUAACUGGACUGACUUUCUGGUCCAGGACCUGACCGGCUCCAGAACGGCUCCGGCCAACUUACUGGAAGGGCCCUUGCGAGGUAAGAACACGGUGGACCUGAUCCUCCAAGGUUCCCUUCUGGAACUACGCGACGUCUCUGACCCGUCCCGCUCCUGGCCGGCGCGUGUCAUCCUUAAUGUCGGCGGCAGGCUGCGUCUUCGCUACGCUGGCCUCUCAGAUGAGCACCAGGCUCAGGAUACCUGGCUCUUCUACCUGGAUGUGAGGCUCCGCCCUCUCGGAUGGGCGCAAGAGAACCAGCUCUCCAUGGAGCCGCCCACAGAGUUCCAAUCUCUAAAGAGCACCUCUGACUGGCAGCAGGUUUUAGAGGAUGCUCAGAGAGACGGACAGACGUGUGCGCUGCCCCUUGAGGUGUUCAAGGACCAGUUGGACCUGCCCAAGCACGCCUUCAAGCUGGGCAUGAAGCUGGAGAUGGUUUCCCCCUGGGGCCGCCUUGGCAUCUGCCCCGUGUCUGUCACCAAGGUGUACAAUGAGAACUACUUCCAGGUCACGCUGGAUGACCUCACCGUAGACGCCAAGCCACGGUCGGUGUUGUGUCACGCCGAUUCGCCGGGCAUCAUGCCCAUACAGUGGUGUCUGAAGAACGGCAUCAGCUUGGAGAAGCCGCCGGGCUACGAGGGUCUGGACUUCGAUUGGGCCGACUACCUCAAGCACAGUGGGACUGAAGCGGCCCCUGACGCCUGCUUCCCUGAUACGUGGCAAAAGCGUAUCUUUACCAAAGACACGUGGCUGGAGACGGUGAACCACGAGCGGCCGGGUGAGAUUUGCGUGGCCCAGAUCACACAAGUCAGGGGACGCCUGCUGUGGCUCAGACUGGAAGGUGUGGCCAAACAGUCUUCAGAGACCAUUGUGGACGUGGAGUCCAUGGACAUCUUCCCUGUGGGCUGGUGUGAGGCUAAUGCUUACCCUUUGACCCCUCCUCUCAAACCUGUCUUACCAAAGCAAAGGAAGAUAGCAGUGGUCCAGCCAGAGAAGCAGUUGGCACCAUCCCACCCAGUCCAGAGUCCUCCUGUCAGUUACUGCCAGCCCACCCCAAAUGAUGCAGCUAAUGGACGCUACUGCUGCUCCAAAAUCUUUGUCAACCACCGUUGCUUCUCUGGACCGUACCUCAACAAGGGCCGCAUCACCGAGCUUCCCCAGACGGUUGGCCCCGGGAAAUGCACGCUGGUCCUCAAAGAGCUCCUCACCAUGCUCACCAACGCCGCCUACAAGCCUGGGCGCGUCCUCAAGGAGCUGCAGGAGCUGGAGGAGCCGAGCUGGGACUGCCAGGAGGAGACCUUGAAAGCCAAAUACAAAGGGAAAACGUACCGCUCCAGCAUCAGAAUCGUGCGCUUGGCCGAGCUCAUCCCGGACUUCUGCCGCAAAGUGUGCCUAAAGCUUCAAUGCUGCCCGAACCUCAUCAGUCCUGUCCUCGUACCCGAUAAGUGCCCAGAAAGCUGCUUUGUCCAGACAAAAACCAAAUACAGUCAGUCUCCCAACAACAUAAACGGCGUGUGUGCUCAUCGUCUUACUGGACGCUGCGUGUGUACAGCUUAUUACUACAGGAAGAAGAGGAAGCUGUCAAAGCUGCUGGGAGGCGAUGACGCCGGAGGGGGUGAUGCGGUCAAAGCGAAACGCCGCAGGAAGAAGCGGAAGAGCAUCUUUGUGCAGAAGAAGAGGCGCUCUUCAGCGGUGGACUACACUCCUGCUGACUCACCUCAGGAAAGUGAUGGAGACUACGAGGACGAGGUGGGGUCGCGGUCGGGGAGCGAGGCCACCAGCUCGGAGCCGCGGGACGAAUUGACUGAUGUCUCCUCGGUGGAGGUGACCGCCAGUCGCCAAAGCCGCUCCGUUACGCUGCGCCGGGCGGACAAUGACGAUGUCGCCGGCAACCAGGAGGCGCCAGAGGGACGCCGCAGGUCAAGUCGUCAGCUCCUCUGCAAGUACCAGCCAAGCAAAGGUCAAGACGUGCAGGAGGACAGCGAGUUGGUUCUAGACAAAAACCCUCUGGAGUGGAGCGUCCAGGAAGUGGUCCACUUCAUCAGCUCUACGGAUUGCGCUUCGCUGGCUAGCAUGUUCCAGGAGCAGGACAUCGACGGUCAGGCCAUGCUGCUGCUGACGCUCCCCACCGUGCAGGAGUGCAUGGACCUGAAGCUGGGCCCCGCCAUCAAGCUGUGCCACCACAUUGAGCGUGUCAAGGUGGCCUUCUACAGACAGUACGCCAACUGACCCGCCUCCUUGUGGACGCGUCGGCCCUUCUCGGGAAGUGGAGCUGCAAGAGGAAAAAGCACAAAAGCAAAAUGCAAAUGACUGUGAUGCUAAGAGGCGAUCACCUCGUUGCGACAAGCGGCUUUGUUUGUCACACGUGCAGUGAUUAUUUAUGUAUUUAAUUUAAACACACACCGACCAAUAAUUAAUAUAUUUCAACUAUAAUUUAUUCCAGUUAAAAAUGGGUGCUUCUCUUGCGCUUUAAAAAACACAAUUGUGAUAAUCUAUGCAAAUGUCUUCUUGGCAAUGUUUUGUUUUGAUAAAAUUCUAUUCAUUUUGUA